UCGGAGAAGUGAGUACGUGCCUCUUCUUGACCUCUUGUCCUACUAAACUGCCCACCGGCGCGUCCGGUCAACAAGUAACCGGUUCAGCCGGUCACCACUCUUGGGGACACUCACACUCUACCAAGAUUAAAACCUCCAUGAUGCAGAAUGCACUGAAAGAGUAUCUGAAUUCUAAGAUGACCCGAAACUUUGCGCAGUCUGACAACUUAUUGCAACAUGACGCGCAGUAUCAGGCUCUUGUAGCUUCUCUCUUGAAUGGGAACUUGGCAGGCUCAAACUCUUCAAUUGUAGAUGGUUCUUCCAAAUUUCAGCAGACCUCACAUUUGGAUCAAAAUCGCUCCCAGACACAUAAAAGGAAGCAAGAAGAGCAAUGUGUUUUCACUGCUAGUCCUCAGCUAGCAUUGAAGGACCACAAUCCACUUCUUAAUGGUGUACAACAGGAACCUAUUUCCGUAUGGCGAAAGCAUAAGAAAGCUAGACUGGAUGUCAAUCAAGAGGCUGUGAACGAGCAUGUAUUCCAGAAGAUGCUGCAGAGUGAGAACUCUGCUGAAUCGGAAAGAGAUCAAAUACGUGCAUUUUUUCAGCAUAAUGUGAUACCAAAUCAAGAUCAGCAAGCUAUUUUGAAUGCUGCUCCACAGUUGGGAAUUGAUAGAGAAAAGCAGCUGCAAUGGAUGAGGCACCCAGUUCCACAACAGGAUAUUGUGCAUCAAGCAACUGCAAUGCACGCAGUUCCACAACAGGAGAAGGUGCAUCAAGCAACUGCAAUGCACCAACCUGGUGUUUGUUCACAUCGGCUAAUGCAGUACCUGUAUCAUACUCGAACUCGGCCAAAUGACAAUAGCUUGGCCUAUUGGAGGCAAUUUGUGGCAGAGUUUUAUGACCCCUGUGCCAAAAGAAGGUGGUGUUUGUCCUGCUAUGAUAAAGUUGGAGAUCAUGCCCUUGGUAUUUCCCCCGACGCAGCUAUGGUAUCAUCAUGGCCGUGUGGCAUAUGUAAUUGUCAAUCAGGGCGGGGAUUUGAGGUGAGUUUUGAAGUGCUUCCAAGGCUAAGUAAAGUAACAUUUGAGGGUGGUGUGGUUGAUGAACUCUUGUUCCUGGAUUUGCCUCGUGAGAGUAGAUUUUCUUCAGGAUUAUUGAUGCUAGAAUGUGGAAGAGCAGUUCAGAAAAGUGUCUAUGAGCGGCUUCAAGUUGUUCAUGAAGGUCGACUUCGUAUAAUUUUCUCUCCUAAUUUGAAGAUAUUGUCCUGGGAAUUUUGUACACGCUCUCAUGAAAUUUUUCUUCGUCGAACUUCUGUUGCACCUCAGGUUUCUGAGUUGGGUAGUGCUGUACGGAAUUAUCAGUGCUCUAUUGAUGGUAGAGAAUCUAAUGGUCUUUCAUCCCAAGAUGUACAAGCUAGUUGCAAUAAGAUCCUGGAAGCAGGAGGACAAAUUGAAAAAGCUUUGAAUCUACAUGAGGUCGAUUAUUUGGGAUUUUCUAAGAAAUACACUCGGUUCUUACAGAUAGCUGAUGUUGUUGAUAGUAUGAAAGAUCUAAUGACUUUAUGUCAUAAUAAGGGCACUAGCCCACUUGAGAGCCUGAAGAGUUAUUGCAAAGGAACUCCCACCAAGCUCCAAAAAAAGAAAAUAAGAGGAAAGGGUCAAAAAGAGAGUGCUCAAGGUCUGCCGAAAGACGCGAAUAAGUUGAUGGCUACAUCUUGUGGUCAAAUAAAAAGUAAUGCAAAUCAAAGCUGCUCAUCUAUCAAUACUGAAGGUUUCUCAAAUGUGCCAGAAUAUAACCCCGUUGCGAGCAGAGAUAGCAAGUGGCAAACUAGUUUAAACCGGUACACUUCACCAUUUGAGGGUCCUAAGACCUCAAAUUCAGGACCGUAUAAGAAUUCAGAUGGAAAUGGCUUGUUAAAUUCAAAUUCCUCUAUGCAGCAGGAUGCUAUGCAUAACUUAAUACAGGAAUUUAUGAACAGCCGAGCAGUGAAUAGGCAUGACAGGGACGAAGUCGUCUGGGGAAGUGGGAAAAGUUCAGCGGUAGACGUGCCGUCAGGAGUUUGGGGCCGCCCAGCACCUGCAGCUGCUCUAGGAAAUGCUUUGGGCAGUAUGCCAGUAAGGACCCGUCAAUUGCACUCGAAUGCUGCCUUUACUAGGAACUUGUCUGAAGUCGCUGGCAGUUUUCAUGGAAAGGUUUUAUUUCCGGAAUCAGGCUUCAGUACAUCUAAUGGUUAUCAUGAUCACAAUAAGUUUUAUGGCAAUGACAGUAACCUGAACUAUGGUUGGAAGGCCUGACCAGUUGGGUGGGUCAUGUAAAGUUUGUACAGAUCUUUCAGGUGCAAGUCUUAUCUUUUUGCUACUAUUCCCUGAUGUGGAUACUAACCCACUUCCAAUGGUCUUUUGGGUUCUAGAUCAGGAUCAAUUCCAACCAGAUGUAAUGACUUUGACAACCCUUACCCUUUUGCAAUAUAUAUAUCUAAUAUUCUAAUUACAUUAGGUUAUCUUUCUUGAUC